GACCACAACCUGCGCCGCGACCGCAGCCGGGACGACGACGACGACCUGCAUUAUCAUUCGCAUUCCGAGUCGACUCCCUCGACCAAAUCGCCCUUGAAGUCCCUGCACAAGUCAAAGUCGGCCUCUGCCUCGCCCACAAAAAAGUCCUCAAAACGCUCCUCCCGACGCUUCUCCAGAGUAUCUUCCGACCUGGGCAAAUCUUCCUCCUCUAGCCGGCGGAAUAAGGUCGACCCCGACACUCACCCCCUCAACCUCCCACCCGACGAGAUUAGGAGGCUCUCUGCCUUAUCAGCCAUGAGCGCGCGUGACUCCGUCGACAGGAUGGACGUUGAUCCUCCCAGCGCCGGCUCAGCGCCGGCCUCUCCCUCCCAGAGAAAACCCUCGCCACCAGCAGCAGAGCGGUCGCCUGCGCAGACACCUCCUCCGGCCACCAAUGGAGCAUCGUCGCCCAAGAAAGAGGACGCUCCCGCACCACCACCCCACACAAGCGACCCAAACAGCCCCCCUCCCACGCCGGCUGACGAGGCUGAGGUCUUCAAGACCCUGGGCAACAAAUUUUUCAAGGAGAAGAACUACAAGCGGGCCAUUGAAGAGUACACUCGAGCCGUCGAACUCCAGCCGGAUUCGGCCACUUACCUGGGCAACAGGGCUGCAGCAUAUAUGGCUGAUGGUCGCUACGAGGCCGCUCUCGACGAUUGCAAGAGAGCUGUCGAUCUGGAUUCCACCAACGCCAAGAUCUUGCUGCGCCUCGCACGAAUCUACACGAAUCUUGGCCAGCCCGAGGAGGCCAUGGUCACCUUCCAGCGCAUCCAGCCCGCUCCUUCGGCCAAGGACAUGCAGCAAGCUAAGGAUAUGCUGCAGUACAUUGAGUCGGCCCGGCAGGGUCUGCAACAGGGAUCUGGCCCCUCUAUGGUGCUGCACGCCCUGGACAUGGCCGAGAGGCUGCUCGGUCCUGGGGCGCGGAAACCGCGAAAGUGGCAGUUGAUGCGCGGCGAGGCCUAUCUGAAGAUGGGCGGCGAGAAUAAUCUCGGCGAGGCCCAGAAUGUUGCCACGCAGCUAUUGAGGACAAACAGCCAGGACCCCGAGGCCCUGGUGCUGAGGGCCCGUGGGCUCUAUGGGCAGGGCGACAACGACAAGGCCAUGCAGGUGCUCCGUAUGGCUAUCGACUGUGACCCUGACUUCAGAGACGCCAUCAAGUGGCUGAAGGUGAUCAGGAACCUGAACAAGCUGAAGGAGGAGGGCAACACCAACUACAAGUCCGGACGGUGGCAAGAGGCCAUCGACAAGUACACGGAGGCCCUCGCCGUGGAUCCCGCAAACAAGUCAACCAACUCCAAGAUCCUGCAGAACCGUGCCCUCUGCUACAACAAGCUCAAGGACUACGAAAAGGCUAUUGGGGACUGUGACGAGGCGCUCCGGUUGGACCCCGCCUAUUCCAAGGCCCGCAAGACCAAGGCGAACGCCCUGGGCGGUGCCGAAAGGUGGGAGGAUGCGGUGCGGGAGUGGAAGGCGAUUGUCGAGGCCGACCCAUCCGAUACUGCAGCCCAGAGGGAGGCCCGCAAGGCCGAACUGGAGCACAAGAAGAGUCAGCGCAAGGACUACUACAAGAUUCUCGGCGUCUCCAAGGAUGCUGAUGACGCCACAAUCAAGAAGGCAUACAGGAAGAUGGCCAUCCAGCACCACCCCGACAAGAAUCCCGGCAACGCCGAGGCGGAAGCCAAGUUCAAGGACAUUAGCGAGGCCUACGAGACGUUGAGUGACCCUCAGAAACGCGCUCGAUACGACGCUGGUGAUGACAUUGAUAUGUCCGACAUGUUUGGAGGCGGAGGUGGAGGCGGAUUCGGCGGCGCUCAGGGCGUGCCUCUCGACCCAGAGAUCCUUUCCCAGCUCUUCGGCCAGUCCGGCGGCUUUGGUGGCGGUGGCGGAGGCUUCGGUGGCGGCGGCGGCUUUCCCGGUGGUGGCUUCUCCUUCCCCCAGGGCGGCGGUCGAUCACGGGGCUACCCAGGCGGCUUUGGUGGAGCACAAGGCGGUUUCCAUUUCUCUUGACAUGGGGACGAGGACGAUGGCGACGAUGGCGACGAUGGCGACGAUGAGAGUGGAUCAGCCUGCUCCGACGACGAGGAGCAGGGUCAGCAACAGAGCAGUAGAUGUGAGAAAGAUCAAGAUGAAGAACAAGACGGCGGAUACUGUCGAAAUGCGGCAUCGUGGUGGCAUGCCCAGGUGGACGCAUCUGUCAAAGCGCGCGACAGGCAGCUCCAACAGCUUCGCCAGAUCGGCAUGGCCGUCCUCGCCUCCAUCGUCCUCCUUCCCUUGCAGACAUUGGUACCGCUACUGUUGGUCCUCGGCGCGGCGUAUCCGUUGAGGUGUAUCAUGCAAAGAUAUAGGGCAACCUGAUGAUGUUUAUCCAGCAUAGAAAAGAACAAAAGCGGGAGCAUUUUUCCAAAGAGACAACGGGGCAGCAGGAGACAGGAGGAGCCAUGCUCUGGCCUGGGUCUACUGUCCACCAGGUAUAGACGGGUUUGGUAUCAUUUCUCCUUUAUUUUUUUUUUUUUGUUUCUUGAACAUUGCAUGGGGAAGGGGCUCUGGCGUCAGGAGAAAACUGCUGGGGACGAAGAGCGGUGUUUCACUCAUGGAGCAUGAAGAUAUUCAGAGACCGCCAAGGACAAGGGACGGCCAGUGUCUCUUUUGUUCCUCCUCCGCUUGCUCGUGUUCUCAUUUGCAUCUACUUGUUCAGACCUGUUUAGCUACUCUACCAUGUGGCUAUUUGUGUUGGGGCCAUACAGAUAGAAGAGAGCCCCUGAGCUCAAUACCAAGUGAAAAGGGAAGAAAAAAAA